UCGAGCUUUCGCCUUGACCUGUCGCCGGACCUGAAGAAACGCGGGAUCCAUGAUGCUUUUCACGCAUCCAAGCUUAGAAUUCAUGUUCCGAACGAUGACAGGCGGUUUCCCGGCCGCCAGUUGUCUCAGUUACUUGGGCUAGGCGAUGAACCGAAGGAAUGGGCUGUGGAUCGCAUCCUAAGCCACCAAGGGAAAGGCACCUCUGCCUUGUUUCAGGUGCGCUGGAAAUCUGGGGAU